GCCUGGCUGGGGACGGCGGCCGGCGCCCGCGGGACCUGGAGGGGACUGGCCCGGGCAGCAUGUGACGCCGGCCAGGUGGGUGCCCACCUCCCUCGUGCGCCCUGGGCUCGGGCGGCCGCGGAGCCCGGCGGAGGAUUCAGUCCUGAUGGAGACCGAGGAGCCAGAGCAUGAAGUCUCUACCUCCACCGCUGGAAUAAAAGAAUUUGGAGUUGUCCCAGAAACUAUCAUGAGGAGCAGGCAGAUUCCUGCCCUGGAGCCUGAAGUUCAAGACCAGGGCCCAUCCUUUAAUUGGACAGAGGAACACAGACUCUUGGAGACUCAGCCAAAAGAAUUAAGGGACAUGAGUGACUGUGAAACUGAGAGUGUGUCCUUUUUCCCCACAGGCGAAUGUGCCCUUUUCCCCCAAAUCAGCCAGGUAGAUCUUCUGGCGGAGGUUCAUGACACUCCAGAAUACCAGGAGUCAAAAUGCCAGAUCCUGGCAGACAGCGGAGCAAGGACAGUAGAUCCUCCAGAGCCCGCAGCCUUCCCUGUCCAGGGUGAAAGACUGGACACAGCCUGCCUAUCCAGAGUGGAGGUAGAACUUCUGCCAGAACUCACCUCCUUGAUACUGGGAAUGGAACAAACAAAUGAGAAGGAGAAAGAGGAAGCCUGUCCAGCCCCCUCUGCUCAGACUGGAUGUUGGCCUCCCUGUGAAGUGCAUCCUAUAGAAACCAGUCAGACCAAGGAUUCUGCAACUGGAGCUGGCAGCCAGGGGGAAGAGCUGCAGUUGAAAGAUGCACAGAAAAGUCAAGGGCAAGAAGGAGUGCUACAUCCUGAGGAAGCCCAAGAGCUAGGGGAACAGAAACAGCAGCAAGGGGGACCUCAGGGGGAAGGAACUGUAGGGGAGGGUGUUUGCUCUGAUGGGCUUUGGCAGGAACAAGAACAGAUAGCAGCACCACCUAAUGAUCCAGAGGGAGAACAGAGACCACAACAGGAACAGCUACGAGAUGGUACUGUGCUUGGAAGACAAGGAGAGGGAGAGAAUGGGGAAUUAGAGGGUCUGAAUUGUGAGUGUGUUCCAGAGAACACGGAGAGAAAAGCCCAGCAUCAGGGAGGUCCAGAAGAGGAAUUACAGAAGGACUGGGUGUUUCAGGGGCCAGAGGAAUAUUGGAUGACCUCUCAGUCCACAGAGAAUCAAAGCUUAGCAGAAAAGUCAGAGAAAUUACCCAGAAAGCAAGUAGAUGAAGGUGUGAGGGGGGAAAUGAGGCCAAUGGAGGGUCAGGAGGAAGAGGUGGUAUUGAGAGGGGAGGAGCCAGAUAAUCCAGAUGGGCAUGGGCUGGGGGUAGUGGAGGAAGGACAGAAAGCAGAAGAGGAGGAAGAAUAUCAUGGUCCUUCUACACUGGCUGGGGCAGCCCCUGAGGUCCCUUUUUCCUGUGACUCAUUUCCAGAAGUCUCUUGUCCCGUGACUCAGAUUCCUGGUACUCAAUUGGAAUCCAGGGCUGGAGAACUGUUCCCCAGAGCUUUGGCUUCUACACCGGAGCCUACACGAUGGUACCCCCAGCCCACGUCUCAACCUGAUACUUUUCCUGCUGGGGAGUCGCUUAACAACAACAUAGUUCUUAGUAGUCAGCCAGAAGAAUCUGAACUGAGGACAGAGAUAAUGUCCAGUCAAGGGACUGAGGUAGUCUCUGCUAAUACACCACCUCCAAGAAUACCAGAUUCAACACUCAGUCCUGCUGAAGACUCCCCCAGCACAACUGCCUUGUCCUUUGCCAGCCCUCCAGUUAUCCUCCCAGGGAAACAGAGCCGGAGACUGGUCUCAACUGAUAAUCUACCUGCCUUUGGGGCACUUGACCCUCACACAGCUGCUGUCCACAGCUACGCCCCUGCAGAGGUCAACAAGGACCCAUGUGGUAGCUCCAGCGGGGCCAGCCCUCACAGUGCCCUGGUCAGCUGCACUGGGACCAUCCAGCACCUUAGGAGCAACUCUUUCCCGGGUUCUCACAGGACAGAGCAGACACCAGACCUGGUGGGAAUGUCACUUUCUUUCUCUCAUUCAGAGUUACCCCAGAGACCCCCUAAACCUGCCAUCUAUGGUUCUGUGAUGCCCAGAAGGGACAGGAGAAGUGGUCGGGACUGCAGGAUCAUUUCACAAUCCCCUCCUGCACUAUCUGCUCUGAGGCAGGGCUCUCAAGAACUUACUUCAAAUGCAGAGGGGACCAGCAUUCCCCAAGGCAGCCAUCCAUGGGACUCCCCCCAGGAUUUGGUCUUUGCCAAAGGAGUUCCUGCCUAUGGCUCUUCACCACCCACUGUCUCUAUGGACAUGAGGAUCUGUGAGCCUCUGCCUCCUCCUCCCCCAGAGAAGAAACAUCCUCGCCUUCCCUUGGUGGAGAAGGACGGUCAUCCUCCUGCAGUGGUCCCCACACUGAAGCAGUGGAGCCAUCCUCCUCCAUUGCCCCUAAGUGAAGAACUACAUGGUCCCCCAAAAGGCCCCCUUCCCCAAGUUCCUGACCCCACUGUGGCAAGACAGCACCGACCUCUGCCAUCUACUCCAGACAGCUCCCAUCACACUCAGACUUCCUCCUCCAGGUUCAGAUACAACAAACCAUUGCCCCCAACUCCUAAUUUGUCACAACCACACCCUGCUCCCCUUUCUUCUUCCAGUAUCUCAAGGACCUAUAGGCCUCUACCUCCUGUCCCCAUCACAAAUCCUUCCACUGAACCACCACCCUUACCACCAAAGACCAGGAGCAGGAGCACUCAAGGAGGACUUACAAAUUCAGGGAGCCACGGCAAACCUAGACCUGCUGGUCAAGACUGGACAGUCUCUGCUCCCACCCCUGCUGGACGUACCUCCUGGCCCCCAGCCACAGGCCGACAAACAGAGUCUUUGACUUCUACCAAUAGGAGUAAGAGUGAAGUAUCCCAUGGGAUGGCUUUUAGCAACAUGACACACUUUCUGUGUCCCUCUUCCCCUACCAUUCCCUGGAAUCCUGAGUUCCAGGGACCCAACACUAAGAAUGAAUCAAGACUUUCAGAAGAAUCUGAGGCCCCUACAAGAGGACCAUUGAGAAGAUCACCACCUCAGCAGGGGGGCAGUGGCCUGAGAAGGUCUGCUCUGGGUCCAUCGAGGCAGUUAGAAAAGUCCAGCCAUCCUCAGCUGGAGAAGGCCUCCAGCUGGCCGCACAGGCGGGACCCAGGGAGACCCCUGGAGGCUAGCACUGAGCAUGUUGUGCACCCCAGUGAGGAGCCCAGCAAGCACAAGAGCUGGAACCGACAAGGCCUGCGCAGGCCUUCCAUUCUACCUGACAGCUCUUCUGAUUCAAGAAGUCAAACUAUGGGAAAAGUCUUCAGUCCCUCAGACACUGUGGUUUUUCGGGAAAAGAAGCCAAAAGAAGGGACAGGAAACUUUUCAAGACGCUGCUCUAAGCUCAUCAACUCCUCCCAGUUGCUUUACCAGGAGUACAGUGAUGUUGUUCUGAACAAGGAGAUUCAGAGUCAGCAGCGUCUGGACAGUGUGGCAGAGACCUCUGGCCUGGCCUCCCCCAGGCAACCACGGAAGGCCCUGGUGUCCUCGGAGUCCUACUUACAGCGCCUCUCCAUGGCCUCCAGUGGCUCCCUCUGGCAGGAAAUCCCUGUGGUACGGAAUAGCACUGUGCUGCUCUCCAUGACCCAUGAAGACCAAAAGCUGCAAGAGGCCAAAUUUGAGCUGAUCGUGUCAGAGGCUUCAUACCUGCGCAGUCUACACGUAGCUGUGGAUCAUUUCCAACUUUCCACCCAGCUUCGGGCCACGCUCUCCAACCAGGAGUACCAGUGGCUCUUCUCUCGUCUACAGGAUGUGCGAGAUGUCAGCACCAUGUUCCUUUCAGAUCUAGAAGAGAACUUCGAGAACAACAUCUUUUCCUUCCAAGUGUGUGAUGUGGUCCUGAACCAUGCUUCAGACUUCCGCCGGGUCUACCUGCCCUAUGUCACCAACCAGACCUAUCAGGAACGCACCUUCCAGAGCCUGCUGAACAGCAAUAGCAGUUUCCGAGAGGUCUUGGAGAAGCUGGAAAGUGACCCCAUCUGCCAGCGCCUUUCCCUCAAGUCUUUUCUGAUUCUGCCUUUCCAGCGAAUCACCCGCCUCAAGCUGCUGCUACAGAACAUUCUGAAGAGGACGCAGCCUGGCUCCUCAGAGGAAGCAGAAGCCACAAAGGCCCACCAUGUGCUGGAAGAGCUGAUCCGAGACUGUAAUAACAAUGUCCAGAGGAUGCGGCGGACAGAGGAGCUGAUCUACCUGAGCCAGAAGAUUGAGUUUGAGUGCAAAAUAUUCCCACUCAUUUCACAGUCUCGCUGGCUAGUGAAGAGCGGAGAGCUGACCGCACUGGAGUUCAGUGUCUCUCCAGGACUGCGGAGGAAGCUGAACACGCGACCAGUUCAUCUGCAUCUCUUCAAUGACUGUCUGUUGCUGUCACGGCCCCGAGAGGGAAGCCGCUUCCUGGUAUUUGACCACGCUCCGUUCUCCUCCAUCCGAGGGGAGAAGUGUGAAAUGAAGCUACACGGGCCACACAAAAACCUCUUUCGCCUCUUCCUGCGACACAACGCACAGGGUACACAGGCUGAGUUCCUGCUCGGCACGGACACCCAGAGUGAAAAACUUCGAUGGAUCUCGGCCUUGUCCAUGCCGAGAGAGGAAUUGGACCUGCUGGAGUGUUACGACUCCCAACAAGUCCAGUGCCUUCGAGCUUACAUGCCUCGAGAGAAUGAUGAGCUGGCUCUGGAGAAGGCUGACGUGGUCAUGGUGACUCAGCAAAGCAGCGAUGGCUGGCUGGAGGGCCUAAGACUCUCAGAUGGGGAGCGGGGCUGGUUCCCUUUGCAACAUGUGGAGUUCAUUUCUAACCCAGAGGCCCGUAAACGGAACCUAAAGGAAGCCCAUCGAGUCAAGACUGCCAGGCUGCAGCUGGUGGAACAGCAAGCCUAGCUGCUAAGCCCUUGAGCUUACAAACAAGCUGCUCCUGGAGAUGACUGGCCCGGAAUCUUGCUGCAGAGACCUUCUCUGGACCAAGAACUAAGCCUUCUGAAAGCCCAAGGACUAAGUCAGCUGACCCAGAGAGUCAUUCUUGGCCUCCUUUUGGGUGCUGUGGGCUUGGUGGGGAAUGUUAUGGGUCUACACACUGGACUCUAGAUCUUUUCUUUUUCAUUGGAAAAGUAACUAUGGGCCCCAAGCCAGGGAAAUUUACUUCUAUGAUAGUAUAGUAUGUAAACAGCCUCUGCUCCCAGAGUACAAAUUCAAAGCUGGCCAAACUUUAGUCCUAGCCGUAUGUUCAGAAGAAUCUGACCUCACUCCACUGAAGGGAGAUGUUUAAGGGGGAUGAAGACAUCAAAUGAGGUCAUCCCAAUGACCUAUAAGGUAUCUUAAAACCCAAGAGAUGCUCCACAAUUUCUGGUGGGAACUCAGUGUGUGUGUCUCUGAGAUCUGUGUUUCUUGGACAUGUGAGGGUGACAGUCUCUCACUCUAAUAAACUUGGCAAUUACCAA